AUGGACGUCUUACUAAGUAUAGGUGUUGCGCCAAAUAUUAAGGGAAUUUAUUCUAUUCCUGGCUAUCCCAUAGUUGGCAACUUAUUCCAGGUGCUCAAUAAUCCAGCAUUAGUAUAUAUUCAAUGGGCAAACAAAUAUAACGCUAGCAUAUUUCAAAUUCGAUUAGGAUUCAAGAGAAUACUCGUUGUUAAUUCAUUUGAGGACGUUAACAUUUUAUGGACUAAGCAUUCUUGUUCUAAUAAUUCUAGACCAGUACAGUAUAUCUUCCACGGAAUUGUUUCUGCAACUCAAGGAUUUACAGUUGGAUCAACUCCUUCGGGUCCUUCCUAUAAACGUAAGAAGAAAGUUAUAUCUCAAAGUCUAAAUCAAAGAAGUGUUAAUAACUUAUCAAGUGUAAUUGAUAAUGAAACUAAGUUUACCAUUAAAAAUAUCAUUCAAAAUAAUAGGGAAUUGUUUGGACCCCCAUCUUGCAAUAACUAUAGAUACACCAGAACCAUUAUAUCCGAUAUCGAUUUGCUACGUUACGCACAAUUAUAUUCUUUAAGAAGUGCAAUAUAUUUAACAUAUGGAUUACAUUUGGAUGUAUAUGAUACAGAAGCAACUCUAGCAAAAGAGAUUAUUGAGGUGGAAAGCAACAUCAUGAAAUUCAGAGCACCUGUUUCUAAUUUACAAGAUUAUAUUCCAAUACUCAGAUACUUACCAUUUGGAAAAAGCGUGCAGGCUCAGCAUUUUAGGAGUAGAAGGGACAUUUAUAUGAAUAAAUUAUUCCAACUGUUGCAAGAAAAAAUCUCUCAGGGUGAUGAAGAUUCAUCAAACAGUCUUGUUGGUGUUGCUAUAAAAAAUAUGGAAUCAACGCUGAAGUUAACCUCAGCUGAACUUCAAAGUAUUUGCUUAACGAUGGUUAGUGCUGGACUAGAUAAUACCUCUUUAAAUUUUAAUCAUCUAAUGGGUCAGUUAUCGCAGCCUACUAGUGGAUACAAUUACCAACGAAAAGCAUUUGAAGAAAUUAUGUCUAGGAAUAAAAACAACGUUUGCACUGCUUGGGAUAAUGCUGCCAUUAUAAUGGAUUGUUCUUAUGUCAUUGCGUUGAUUAAAGAAACUCUUAGGUAUUUCACUGUGUUACCUUUAGGAUUGCCCCGUAUUACUACCAAAGACAUCACAUACAAAGAUGCUAUUAUACCCAAAAAUACAAUCUUGUUUAUGAACUCUUAUGCUGCUAACCAUGAUCCCAACAUUUAUAAAGAUCCUAUGAGUUUCAAACCUGAAAGGUGGUUAGAUCCAGUAACAGGUUCAGUAUUAUCUAAAUAUGAGAUUAGCCAUUUCUCUUUUGGAGCCGGCUCGCGUAUGUGCUCUGGAAAUCAUUUGGCAUUUAAAGAGCUAUAUACUUUAACUUGUCGAAUGAUUUUAACCUUUCAAAUUCGAAGACCAACAUCGAAUAAAUUUCUAAUGGAAUUGGACCCUUUUAAGAACAAUUCGAAUCCGAAUGCUAUUUCAUUUGAGCCGAAAUUGUUCAAAGUCAGAUUGGAACCAAGAAUUCAUACCAGAAGUGAUGACUUGUAUAAUAAAAUAUUAAGAAGUUAA